GAACGGCAAUGGGAACCGAUAAUGUGUCUUUUGAUGAUUACGUCGAUAUUGACGAUGGUGUGCAAACAAUGGGAUUCCCAACAGAUGAAGACAUUUUAGAUAGCGUCAUGGAAAAUCUAGUUCCUUUUGGAAAAGACUUAGAGGAGGAAGUCUCUAGUGAAAGCGAGGUUGAAACAACAACUGAAACUAUACCCACAUUUAAUCAAGCGUAUUCUGCUAUCCAGACCGUAAGAAAUUUUACUUCGUCAAAAGAAAAUGUUCCCAAUGCAGUACAUGCGUCAAUAAAUGUAGUAGAACAUUUUAUAGAGAAAUAG